AAUGCUUUUCAUACUGCCCUGAAUGUCUCACCUGCGUUUCCGUACUGCACUCAGGAAGUAAAAUUAUACAAGGGCAUGUAAGAUGGCCCCCAAACCAUUAGCACCGUUAGCAAAGAGACUGUUCAAAGGAGUAGUARUACUUGAAGUGGCAGGUGUGCUAGGUGCUUAUGGUCUUUUUUACAAGAUGAACACAAGUCAAGAUUUCAGGAACAGUAUGAACAACAUGCUUCCCUCUGUCCUGGAAGUUUAUUACAAGUCCAACGAAUAUGCUGGAGUUUAUGGGAUUCGAGAGAAAGACCUUGAAGAUUGGUCCAAGAAGGCAUAGAGGGUCUUGACGUCUCUGCCUCGGACCCAGUCGACUCUCUGGGCUUCCCACUUGAGCUGCCUGACACCUGGAGGAAGAGAAGACGGAAGAGCAUUGAGCAAAAACCACAGACUGCAUCCUCUACUAAAGUUAGGUCAUCCUCUGUAUUCAAAAACCUGCACCAUAUGAAAUGUGCCCGGUGGUUAUCAUCUUAGGGUUACCUUUAGAUCAGUGGUUCUCCAUCCUGGUCCUAGGGACCCAAAGYGGUGCACAUUUGUUUUUGCCCUAGCACUACACACCGGAAUCAAAGCCUGAUGAGUUUACGAUUUGAAUCAGGUGUGUAGCGCUAAGGCAAAAACUAAAAUGUGCACCCCUUUGGGUCCCCAGGAKCAGGAUGGAGAACCACUGCUUUAGAGCCAUCAUGCUUGAGAGAAUAGUCUAUUCUGUGCAACUUUAAAAGGACUAGUAGAGUAUGACUGGGUGUGCUAUAGGGGGUUGACGGUUAAUCGGUUAGCCACUGAAAAUACAUUUGACCGGUCAUGCUCAUCAAUCUAUAGGUUAACCUGCAUUAUUUGGUGGAAUUAAAUUGGCGUGUGUGUAUUUUCAUUAGUCGUCAUGCAUCUUAUUUAUCACAUGCACACACCCUAGUUUGAGGAGUGGAAUGACCUGUCAGACAGCGUAAGAGCAGGUCCUCAAAAAGCUGGUACUGGAGUGAAACAUGCUUUUGUAUGCCCAGUCAUUGUGCAACAAAUAAUUCUAAAUGUAAUCGUGUGUUAAUGGUUUUGAUGGCCACGAUUAAAAAGAGCUGCCAUGUU